GGGAGGGGCGCUGGCUGCGGCGGCGCCUCCCGCCCCGGGUGAGCGGCGCGCGAGGCGGCCCCGCGGCACAGAGCGCCGAGCGGGGAGGCAGGGCUGGAGCACAGACGGCCGACGCGCGGCGCGGCUGCCAUGGGCGCGCACUGACCCGCUGCUCAGCGCGGACUUCCUUGGCGGCGCGGAGCUCCCCGGCUGGCGGUGCGUCUCCUCGGUCACCAUGAAAGACGAUUUUGCAGAGGAGGAGGAGGUACAUUCCUUCGGUUACAAGCGGUUUGGUAUUCAAGAAGGAACACAAUGUACCAAAUGUAAAAAUAACUGGGCACUGAAGCUUUCUAUCAUACUGUUAUACAUUUUGUGUGCCUUGCUUACCAUCACAGUAGCCAUUUUGGGAUACAAAGUUGUAGAGAAAAUGGACAAUGUUACAGGUGGCAUGGAGACAUCUCGCCAAACCUAUGAUGACAAGCUCACAGCAGUGGAAAGUGACCUGAAAAAAUUAGGGGACCAAACGGGAAAGAAAGCGCUCAGCACCAACUCAGAACUCUCCACCUUCAGGUCGGACAUCCUGGAUCUCCGUCAGCAACUUCGUGAGAUCACGGAAAAGACCAGCAAGAACAAAGAUACGCUGGAGAAGUUACAGGCAAGCGGGGACGCGCUGGUGGACCGGCAGAGCCAACUGAAGGAAACUUUGGAGAAUAACUCCUUCCUCAUCACCACUGUCAACAAAACCCUGCAGGCGUAUAACGGCUACGUCACGAAUCUUCAGCAGGACACGAGCGUGCUGCAGGGCAACCUGCAGAGCCAAAUGUACUCUCACAACGUGGUCAUCAUGAACCUCAACAACCUGAACCUAACACAGGUGCAGCAGAGGAACCUCAUCACGAAUCUGCAGCGCUCCGUGGAUGACACGAGCCAGGCGAUCCAGCGCAUCAAGAACGACUUCCAGAACCUACAGCAGGUCUUCCUUCAAGCCAAGAAGGACACGGAUUGGCUGAAGGAGAAGGUGCAGAGCCUGCAGACACUGGCUGCCAAUAACUCCGCCUUGGCCAAAGCCAACAACGACACCCUGGAGGACAUGAACAGCCAGCUCAGCUCCUUCACAGGACAGAUGGACAAUAUCACCACAGCCUCCCAAGCCAAUGAGCAGAACCUGAAGGACCUGCAGGACGUACACAGGGAUGCGGAGAACAGAACGGCAGCCAAAUUCAGCCAGCUCGAGGAGCGCUUCCAGCUCUUUGAGUCAGACAUUGUGAACAUCAUCAGCAAUAUCAGCUACACAGCCCACUACCUGCGGACGCUGACCAGCAACCUGAACGAAGUCAGGACCACGUGCACAGACACACUGACCAAACACACGGACGAUCUGACCUCCCUGAACAACACGCUGGCCAACAUCCGUUUGGAUUCUGUUUCUCUCAGGAUGCAGCAAGAUUUGAUGAGGUCAAGGUUGGACACGGAAGUGGCCAACUUGUCAGUGAUUAUGGAAGAAAUGAAGCUGGUGGACUCCAAGCAUGGUCAGCUCAUCAAGAAUUUUACCAUCCUGCAAGGUCCUCCUGGCCCCAGGGGUCCAAAAGGUGACCGAGGACAGCAGGGACCCCCAGGCCCCACCGGCAACAAGGGGCAGAAAGGAGAGAAGGGGGAGCCGGGCCCACCUGGCCCAGCUGGUGAGAGGGGCCCAAUCGGGCCGGUCGGCCCCCCUGGAGAGCGCGGCAGCAAAGGCUCCAAAGGCCUGCAAGGCUCCAAAGGCUCCCGAGGGUCUCCUGGGAAGCCCGGCCCCCAGGGCCCCAGCGGGGACCCAGGCCCCCCUGGCCCGCCGGGCAAGGAUGGACUCCCAGGCCCUCAGGGCCCUCCCGGCUUCCAGGGACUGCAGGGCACCGUUGGGGAGCCUGGGGUGCCUGGGCCACGGGGGCUGCCAGGCCUCCCUGGGAUGCCGGGCAUGCCAGGUAUCAAGGGUCCCCCUGGUCCCCCGGGCCCCUCGGGGGCGGCAGUGCCCCUGGCCCUUAAGACCGAGCCGACCACAGCACCUGAGGACAACGGCUGCCUGCCUUACUGGAAGAACUUCACAGACAAAUGCUACUAUUUUUCAACUGAGAGAGACUUUUUUGAGGAUGCAAAACUUUUCUGUGAAAGAAUGUCUUCACAUCUCGUUUUCAUAAACACGGGAGAGGAGCAGCAAUGGAUCAAAAACCAGAUGGUGGCAAAACAGAACUACUGGAUUGGCCUCACGGACUUGGAGCAGGAGAAUGAAUGGAGGUGGCUGGAUGGGACACUUCUGGAGUACAAAAAUUGGAAAGCUGGACAGCCAGAUAACUGGGGUCAUGGCCACGGGCCUGGAGAAGAUUGCGCUGGACUGAUUAAUUUUGGGCAGUGGAACGAUUUCCAAUGUGAAGACAUGAAUCACUUCAUCUGCGAGAAAGACAGGGAGAGAGAAUUAGCAAUUACAUUAUAAUGGACCGUGAUAUCAUAAUAGGAACAAACUGUCGACAGUUCUCGAAGGCAAAGAUACUUCUUUCUGAUUGCAUCACCUUCUCAUUAAAUUGAAGGGGAAAGCACUGAAGACCAAUUACUGAAAACAUUGAAAGCCGGUGUUCUCUACCAUCUGCCUUGCUCAAGGACAAAGUUUGGAACAAAAGUGUUCCCCUAGUGUGAUAUAUGGAUUGUCAGUAAGCAAAUGGACUGAAUCACAUAGAUUCUUCUCAGCCAAUAACCAUACAGUUAUGCAAAUCAUAUCUUCCAGAGUAUGGAAUGCUCCAAUCAGAAACAAGAUUAUCAUUGGUUGUUGAGCUUUAGGAAGAACUGAAAACAUACACUGUGUAAACAGUACCUUACAUUUCUAUUGAUAAAAUCCCAAAUGUAGGAAAAAUAUGCAGACAUACAGAUAUAUAGGCCAACUCUUAGUAACAAUAUGAAAUAUACUUAAAGAGCUUUUAAAACUUUGUAUUUUUGUACAAAAUAUUUGCCUUUUUACAAUUUUUUUCUUUUUAUUUUUGUCAUUUUACCGAUAUAGUACAUGAAGCCAAAGAAAAGAAUAAUGGUACUAAUAAAAACUCAUAGGGUUUCUUGUCAGAUUUAAUUCUACACAGUGGCAAAGAAAUUUUUUCAGUUGUGGUUUAAAAAAAAUAAUUAAAUAUGUGUGUAUGUAUAUUUUAAUGUAUCAUUUCCUCAGAGAAGUCAAUCACUUGAAAUGUCUAGAAAUGGCCCUGCAGAUUUUGCCAGUGGAGGUCAAGCCUGAACAUGUACGUGGCUCAGUCAAGUGGGCUAUGCCUCCAGCCCAUCACCAGCCAACACCCUUGCUGCGUGUCUGCCAGGCUCAGAGGAAUGGUCAACUCAGGAUGUGCUUUUGCUUCAUUUUGGCGGAGUCGGGGGUGGUGGAGAGGUAUCUGUUGGAAAGGGUGGACAGAGCACCUGUAUCUGGCUAUUUAUAGAAGGUCCUGUUUUGUGGCUGAGACAUGAAUACACUUGGUUUCAGGCCCAUACCAGGGCAGAUAUUAAAUGUCAGGAAAGUAUGACAUCACAUCUGCCAGAGGCAGAGAUGCUAAGAUGGGGACAGCUCUAUGCUACCUGGAAAUCUUAUGUUUUCUAAAGUCAGAUUCCAAAAACACAGAAUUCCAAUGCACAUGCAUGAUGAAAUGCAAGAAUACAACCUUGGCCACUGUGUUGAACCUUUUGUCGGAGCCCAUCUCCCUUCUACUCUUUAACUUGCCAUGGAGAAGUCUAACAUGCAAUGUGCUGAAAUCAGGCUUAAAUGUAACUGAUGCUCAAAGGUAAGAUUUCCACCCACCAGAUUCCCUUCCCAGGACCUCCCCAGCCAUGCUGCUACCUACCCCACAUACAAUGGUAAAAGAAUAAAGACAGAGUUUGACUUUCA